UCGCACAUAAUUUUACGCAGCCAUUCGAUACUUUUGAAGUUGUCGCAUGAGACUUCACUUGAAAAGAUAAACAAACGCUUCUUCGUCGAGUGUUGUCAUGGAGGACGAAUGGGAGGAAGAGGAGCAGUUAGUCGUGGCGGAGCUGUCAGGAAUGAUCAGCUCUGAUCUUCUGUCCAGUCGUCAGGGCACGUGUAAGAUCGUGGACAUCGACAGCGAGCAGCCCAUGUUGCAGGUGGGACGCUAUCUGUUCGCCGGAGAAUACGAGGACGCCAUGGGAACAUGCGUGGUUUUUGAAGAAGAGAAUGGGGGCGGUGCGGGCUCGAAUCCGGUACUGAAAUACAAAUGUCACACGAUGAAGAAACUGGUGCUGCAGAGGACGUUUCUGUCAGAGAGGAAAGAGGACGAGCCGGCGUCUAACCACAUAGAGGUGCUUGCUCUCAAUGAUGAACAGUCGUACGGACGACAGAGCGCAAUGUGUCACUACCUGGAUCGGACGGAGACGGAGAAAUCACUGCUUGACGAGACUAAAGACUGCGAGGAUCCAGAGAUGAGUGGCGAUGAAUCUCCGGCUGAGAUGGACGAGAGUGAGGCGGAGGAGACGAUUGACACAACAGCCAAUGUUAGCGCUGCACUGGCAUCAGCAGAAGAAGAAGAGUACGGCGGCUCUUAACGAGAAGUCAAACACUGUUCGACUUUUGAUCAUGUACAUUCGGCAUUGUGUAAAUACAAUAAUGUUGUUCACACAGAAGCAUCUAAGACCCAAUAAAUACAAUAUAUUUGUCAUAUAUCACUUUUUAUUUUUGUUAAAAUAUGAAAAACACAGAUUACAGGAUACCAGGGGUGUAUUCCAGAAAGCUGGUUAUGUGACAUACUCGGGUAAAUUUAAGGGUUAGCGGAUAACCCAACUUUCGGUUAUAAAAACGGAGAUAACUUUCAGGGUUUGUAAGUAACCAUAGCAACUUACUCUCUGAAGAUAACCUGCUCCGGAGCAGGUUAUGUUCCAGGGUUACUUCAUUUGAAGGAAAUGUUACUAAGCUUUAGGGGUUGUCUGCGCAUGUGUGCGUUUUUGAUGAGCGGCAAGUGGGCGUGGAAGCACAGAUUACGUAUAAUAUAUUAUAAUUUUACAGCAAUAUUACAAUUACAGUUCCAGUCUCACCCAUCGCAAUUUAGCAUUCACAACUAAUUUUUUAUUAACUUUAUUAUUUAACCUUUUAAAAUUAAAUAAUCUUUAAAUAAAAUAAUGUAAUAUGUUAUUGUUAAACUUUAUGUAGGCUAUUUAUAUUAAAUAUUGUAUAUACUUUGAAUUAGGUUUAUUUAAACAUCUCCAAAUAUCACUGGAUAAAUAUACACAUUUUACAAUUUCCAACAGUUAAAGGAUGUUAAUAGUGAGGUAUUUUAACUCCCGAGGAUUGCAUAUCAUUACUCUUGUUCACUUAUUAGGCAAUAUUUGAUGCAUUGGGUCAAAGAUAUUUGUGGCCUAAUGGUCAGAGAGACAGAUUUAAAACGUCAAAGGUUGCAAGUUCGAUUGCCAGGCUGGCAGGUUUCCAAGGCUUUAUUAGGUGACCCCCCCAAUGGGAUUACCAUGGCAUAUUGUUCAUAUUGUUUAGCUGACGGUAAAUUAACCCUGCUUUCUGGAAUACACCCCUGGUAUAGCUGCAAGUAGGGUUUGGGACAGGCCCAUGCGCCACGAGGGGGCAAAAGGGGGCAUUGCACCCUCAGAUAUACACAUAACCAGCUUUCUGGAAUACACCCCUGGUAUCCUGUAAUCUGUGUUUUUCAUUUUAUCCUGCAGCAGCCUGGGCCUGGUUUGGGAAUCGAAAAUCAAUUCCAAUUCUGGAAUUGGAAUCCGAAAGGUUAUUGUUGUAUAUUAAAUUAAAAUGUCAAUUCCUGUGUGCACAUUUUCAGAAAAUGUGUGACCUGCUGACAUCUCAAUAAAGAGCCUUUGUGAAAAUGUACCAUAUUUUUUACACACUUUA